GUGAUGGGGCUCCGCAGGCAGCGGAACUACGCGGGGCGCUGGGACGUGCUGAUCCAGCAGGCCACGCAGUGCCUGAACCGCCUGAUCCAGAUCGCAGCCAGGAAACGCCGCAACUACAUCCUGGACCAGACCAACGUGUACGGCUCGGCGCAGCGCAGGAAGAUGCGUCCCUUCGCGGGUUUCCAGCGCAAGGCCAUCGUGGUGUGCCCCACGGACCAGGAGCUGCGGCAGCGCACGGUGAAGCGCACCGACGAGGAGGGCAAGGACGUGCCCGAGCACGCCGUGCUCGAGAUGAAGGCCAACUUCACGCUGCCAGAGGCGGGCGAGUUCCUGGACGCCGUGCAGUUCGUGGAGCUGCAGCGGGACGAGGCGGCGGCGCUGGUGCGGCAGUACAACGAGGAGGGGCGCAGCGCCGCGGCCGGAGCGGCCGGAGCGACCGGAGUGACCGGAGUGACCGGAGUGGCCGGAGUGACCGGAGCGGCCGGAGCGACCGGAG